AUGGGGUACGUCGAGCAGUUUGGGCAAAUGGGUGAGUGCAGCUCGGUCUUCGACGCGAUCUUCCGGGGCGGAAUAGAUGUUGACAAAUCGAAAUGUUUCUCCGGCCAGGGUGACGUCGAUGGUGACGACAUCGGGAUGGCAAAACUCGUCGCCGGACUGCCGAGGAGUACGAGUGGCGCUGCCGCCGAAGUCGAGACGAAUCUUCGGCCAACUCACCUCAGGCUAGCCCACCGAUCGCACAACGCGGCAACACGGCUGCUCUCAGCCCCCCAAGAGCACCCGCUGCGGCAAAGAUUCCUGGAGGCAGCAGCUCUGACGUUCCCCAGACGUCCGAACUGCGCCACCCACGUCACCCCCCUCGACCAGCUUGCCCAUGCGUUCCCAGACCUCCGGAACGACGACGGACACCUGGUGGUUUGCGAGACGAUUCAGAUGGUUGACCCAUCCCCCCCUUGGGACGAGUUCGAGCCACCCGAGACAUCCAUCGCGAAAUCGAAAGACGACGCGGCCGAACAGCACGACCAGCUUAUCGCUUCGCUGGAGCCCGAGGAUGUUGUCACCUACAGUGAUGGAUCGAUGAUGGAAGGUAGAACAGGGUCAGCAGCAGUUCUUCGGAUCACUUGGCCCGCUGACAAUUCGAUCGUCCACAUCUCCAAAGCACGCGCGCUCGGCACCCAGCAGACGGUCUACAGUGCGGAGCUCGACGGCAUUGCCCUCGCCAUGAGGAUGCUCCUGCAAGCCCCUCCCGCAACCCAACACCGUAGGAUGGUCAUCUGUGUCGACAACCAGGCGGCCGUCCGAGUCGCGACGUCCACCCGACCAGGCCCCGGGCAGGAGCAACGCAUCGAACUCCGCCGUCUGUACUUGGAACUCAAAAAGAAACUCGCACUCACAUCAAUCGAGCUCCAGUGGGUCCCGGGUCAUGUCGAGAUCGACGGCAACGAGCUCGCAGACGAGGCGGCCAAAGAAGCGACCAAAGCGGCUGAGGACGACUCGAUAAGGAAAGACCUGGAGAUCGAGCGACCAGACGCGAUUCCAGCUUCGAGGACAGCACUGAGGCAACGGUUCAAGACGUUUGUCAGUCAGGUGUGGGCGACGGAGUGGAAGAACGCCAAGACGGGCGCGCAGCUUCGCAAGCUCGACAACUCACCACCUGGGCCGUCCCACUUCAAACUCUACCACGGGCUUCCACGGCGAGCUGCGACCCUUCUCGCACAACUCCGAACGCGGAGAUCACCGUUGGCACACGAUCUGUUCCGUCGUCGACUCCAUCCAACCGGGCUGUGUGCGUGCGGCGCGGCGGAGACUUUGGAGCACGUCGUUCUAUCGUGCGAACAAUACCAGGAUCAGCGUCGCGUUCUUCGCAGGGAGAUGAAGAAGGAGGACUUACCUCCAGACGACAUUCGACUCUAUGUUUCGAACGUGACGGCAUCGCGACUCCUGACUGGAUUUCUCGCCUCGACCGGAGUGUGCCCGGGGUACGAGGUUCUGCUGAGCAGGGGUACCACCCCCAACUCAGCGACGAAGGGUCAAGGAGCCGCACAAUGCACCCAAGACCGCCUGGUGACCGAGAUGCUGACAGACACCGAAGUCACCGUACGACGGCCUCGAGCUCCAACGGCGACCGGGCGGCAAGACCGGACGCGUGUGGACACACGUGUGGAUAGAGAGGACUCGAAUUGCGAGUCAUACCGGACUUCAGGAAGGUUUUGA